AUGUCUGUUAUCUACAAUUAUGUCUCUGCUGAUGAUGUGCUGGAUGCACAUAUGAUAGAAAUGUCAAGCUUUCCCUUUGAUGAAGCUGCGAGUCUUGAAAAGUUUAGGAGCCGUCAAGCCCAAGCUCCUGAUCUUUUCUUGGGUGCCUACCUCGGCGAGCCGGCUACCAGUUCCCUCACCCUAAUAGGCUAUGUGUGCUCCACCCUUUCCCCCUCUUUGACAUUAACACACAGUUCAAUGUUCACUCAUGUACCCAACUCAUCAUCCGUAUGCGUGCACGCCGUUGCGAUAUUGCCUCCAUAUCGCAGGAAAUGUAUUGCUUCGAAUCUAAUGCGUGAAUACAUCUCGCGUCUGGAGUCUGCUUGUGCAGAGGGAUCUGUAUCUUAUAAGCAGGUGCUACUUCUCUCACACGAAGACCUCCGUUCCUUUUACAAGAGUGUUGGCUUUGAAUUUAUUGGAAAGAGCGAUGUCCAACAUGGCUUGCUGCCCUGGUAUGAAAUGUGUAAGGUCCUAGACCCAGAACUUGAUGUGAUGAAUAGAACUGUAAAUGAAAAGACUCUCAGUCUUUCUGGUAAAUGA